CACCCAGUUGACAAACAGGGAGACCUAACAUGUUUGCUUAGCUGUGUAUAUAUAUAUAUGCUUAGCUACACCGAGUAAGCUGUACCAUAUUAACAGAUGUGACUUUACUGCAGAACUUUCACUCUAAAAAAGUAAUUCUGAACAAGGUUCACGUGUUUGAUACUUGGGGGCUACAUUGAUUGGUUGCCGAGAGAAUGGGGCAAAAAACAUCACAACCUUUGGCUCUGAAGGACAGCAAUAAGGUUCUCAGCAUCUGUGAAGUGGUCAGUGGAGCUAUAGUCCAUGCAGCUCAGAAACUGAAGGAGUAUCUUGGAUUUGAAUAUCCUCUGAGCAAACUCUGCCCAGCUGCAAAUACUCUGAAUGAGAUCUUCUUAAUCCACUUCAUCACUUACUGCCAAGAAAGGGGAAUUGAUGAGUGGCUUACUACCACCAAGAUGACUAAGCACCAAGCCUUACUGUUUGGGGCAGACUGGAUUUGGACCUUUUGGGGAUCCGAUAAGCAAAUAAGGCUUCAGCUGGCAGUGCAGACUCUGCAAAUGUCUUCUCUUCCACUUGUGGAAUCUAAGCCCUGUGACCUCUCCAAUCUAGAAUCAAGAGUACAGGAGCCUUCCCGGAAGAAGAGUAGAUUUGAUAAGCUGGAAGAAUUCUGUAACUUGAUAGGAGAGGAUUGUCUGGGCCUGUUUAUCAUCUUUGGUGUGCCAGGAGAGCCCAAAGACAUCAGAGGAGUUGUUCUGGACAGUGUCAAAAGUCAGAUGAUGAGGGGCCAUCUGCCAGGAGGGAAGGCCCUAGCACAAUUUGUCCUGGAAACUGAAGAUUGUGUCUCCAUCAAAGAGCUGCUUGGAAACUGUCUGAGUAAGAAAGAGGGGCUGAGAGAGCUGGGCAAGGUUUACAUUAGCAUCUUCUGAAUUGGAUAUGUGUGAUGCGAUUGGUGUGUAAAAUGAAAAGAAAACUUUAUUCUAAUAAGCAAGCUCAUAUACCUGUAUUAUUCCAGCAUGGGCUUUUUCUUUUUUCUCUUUUUUCCCAUUGAUUGAA